GGUUUGUUUACUGGUGAAUACAGAUAAGCACGCGCCCCCUUCUGUUGACGUCACAGUGAACAUGGCGGUCAGGAGCUGUUUCGCGUCCUUCGGGUUUCUCGGCAGAAACUUGACGUCGCCAGAAAUUAAAGCAGUUUGCUGUUACCACAAAAAAGUGGUGGAUCACUACGAGAACCCAAGAAAUGUUGGUUCCUUGGAUAAAAACGCCAAGAAUGUGGGGACCGGUUUAGUGGGAGCACCUGCAUGUGGAGAUGUCAUGAAGCUGCAGAUCAAGGUUGAUGAGAACGGAAAGAUAGUGGAUGCCAGAUUCAAAACGUUCGGUUGUGGAUCAGCCAUCGCUUCAAGUUCCCUGGCCACAGAAUGGGUUAAAGGCAAAACGAUCGAUGAAGCUCUGAAAAUCAAGAACACAGAGAUUGCCAAGGAGCUGUGUCUUCCACCGGUGAAGCUUCACUGCUCUAUGCUCGCAGAGGACGCCAUCAAGGCCGCACUGGCCGACUACGAACUCAAACAGAAGGACGAGGAGAAAGUGGAAGGGGCUAGAAAUUAAACCGCACCCUUUAAACCUUUCUCUCCAGUGCCGACAAACGGCUUGACAUCUUUUGCGUAAUUUAAGCACAGACUGUGCUGACCAUAGCCAAACAUAUUGUCCUUCGAGUGACAUCAUCCUCCUGUAGUACUGCUGAAAAAUGGAGAUCCUCUACCAGGGGUUUCGGGUAACAGCAUGUUUGCAUUGUGAUGAUUGAUGUGAGGUGUUGAGAGGAGGCUUUUUAAUUUAAUUAUAUUGGGAUGGUGUGUGAAAGGGGGGGGGGUGUUUCUCUUUAAUGUCUUUCUGAAUCACGCACAAAGAUGGAAGCAUUUCGUUUGGUUGUUGUUGUUGUUGUUUUUUUGAAGAUGAUGAUUGAUCCAUGGAGCAAAACUGUAGUCAUCAAUCUGCAUUCAUCUGCAGUCAUAAACGCACAAAUAAUCUAAUGCUAUAUUCUACUGUUUAAGCUUAAUAAAACUUUUAAAAGAUGA